UGACGUCAAACGAAAAAGUGCCAGAGACAGUCAGAAAGAUAGAUGGAAAGAACGAAAAUUGGGACGAUCUAGUGAAAAUGAGGACCACCACCCAGAUUUUCGUGCUGGUGGCGUGUUCACCUUUGAUUCAUUGGUUGUUCACCUACAUCAAAGGUUCUUUUUAGUGCAACUGCCAACAUCAUGACCAACUCUUCGGUGGAGCAGCCCGGAGAAAAUGACCUGAUGGUCAUGGUGGCCGUGCCCGCCGUGCCCUCAGGUCUGAGUAUCCGUAAAGACGAUUUUCUAGGCUCGGACUUCUCUGUGGAUAAGUUCCUAACCCGUUGGCAUUCUUCGGCCUCGGUGGCUGCCCAGGGCACCACCAUCUCGUUGGAGACUCUCCGGGAUGACUUGGGCAUCUAUCUCAAGGUAUUACGAUCCUCCAUGAUUGAGCUGAUUAACGAAGACUACGCCGAUUUCGUGAACCUCUCCACCAAGUUAGUGGGAUUGGACGAGAGUCUCCUCAAUCUGGAACGGCCAUUGUUGGUCUACAAAGAUGAGGUCUUGGCCUCGAAGCAAUCUCUAUGUCAAACUUGGGAGUGUCUGCACGAAACAUUGGCCCGCCGUGAACACGUGUACGCCCAGAAGACCGCCUUGCAAAACCUGGAACACAUCAUCGGUACCCUCAACAAGGUUGAGCGUCUCUUGGGUUUGAGCGGGGAUGAUUCAGAGCCCGAACUCUCCGGUGAUCUCGUGGAACGUGUGGCAGCCGAGAUCAAUUACUUGAAUUUCUGCGUGAGCAAGUGCCAGGCCUCAUCGUUCGUAGAGGAAAUGCAGCCCCGACUCAAGUUGAUUGGUGAUCGUUUGCACGGAUCCCUCGAGAGCCAAUUGCUUGAUGCCGUUGCCCAGCAGAAUACCGAGGUUCUCAAGCGUUGCCUCCGGAUUUUUGCCACCGUGGAUCGGGUUCGAGAAGCCGAGGCCUUGGUUCGACUCCGGGUGAUACAGCCCUAUUUGGAAUCGAUCAUCACCGAAGAGUUUGUAGCCAAUGAUCCCUUGGGGCUCCAGGGCAUGUUCCAUCGAGUGCUGAGGGUCAUUCCAGAAAAACUAUCCCAAUUGUUGCUCCUAACAUCCGGUGCCCGUAAGACCAAAAGCUCGAGCGGUCAGAACGAAAAAGAUUUCGAUUUCCUCGUCAAUUCACUUUGGCCGGAAAUUGUCGAAACGAUCGAGGAGAACAUCCCUUUCAUUUUCUCGGCCGGAAAUCCGGACAAGUUCUUUGUUCAUUACACCUCGAGUUUGGAGUUUGUGGAACGUUUUGAGCGAGAAUUGGGAUCCGUCCACACGUUGGAUAAGUUCAGAGCUUGUCAGGCUUACGGGAAUUUCUUCUCCAAGUGGAACCUGGCGGUUUAUUUUCAAAUUCGAUUCCAAGAGAUCGCUUCGCCCGUAGAAACACACGUCAAGCACAUGUUUCAGCCCGCCGAGGGCCACGAGUUCCAGCUUCGAAUCACUCAAAUUGCGUUCCAGGCCAUGGAAAAAUGUUGGGAUCCUAAGCAUUAUCUCGAUGCCUUGGCUCAUCGGUUCUGGAAGUUGACCUUACAAAUCCUGUCUCGAUUCGCCACAGCCUUUCAGGCGGCCCCUGACUUGACCUUUGAAGUCCCAGUAGAAGAGGUGCUACGACCAAGUGCAUCGUCCGUGUCUUUGAAAGACACCCAUAAGAAGAGCCAUCACCGAUCGGCCUCCGAUCAGGGAUCCAAAAUCAAAACGGUGCCUUACAGGAGUCAAACGAAAGAGCUCAUUCGUCUCUACCAAGACGUGGAUUACUUGGCCAGCAAGGUCCAAGAUCAAUUGUUCACCCACACGAUCCUGCCUAAAUUCCAAGAGCAACUCGCCCCCGACCAAUUGGACGUGCUAAGCCAAGCCAUGACCACGGGUUGCGACCAAUUGAGGACGAAACUUCAGUUUCUCUCGGACCUAAUCACGCAGAACAUUCUUGAUAAGGCCUUGCCCUACUUAAAGCAAGUGGCCGAUAUCCCUCGUCUCUACCGACGGACCAACCGUGAGAUCCCAUCCAAGCCAUGCACCUACUUGAUCGCAUUACUCGAUCCCAUUAGCCAUUUCAAUUCUGACGACCUAGCCCAAGGCUGCUCCGUGGACAUUUCGCGUGCGUGGAAGUGCUCAAUUUUCUCGGUCGUUACCGAGCAGUUCCUCAAGCAUGUCUCCGAGGUCUUGGCCGCCGUUCAGAAGAUGGAGGAGUCCUUGAAACGCCUCAAGAGAGUCAGGGACAGUCGACCAGGGGGUGGAAUGGGGACAGUCGAUGAAGGUCGUCUGGUUAUCUCGGAUGACGACAAGAUCCGACUCCAGCUUUAUGUGGACGUCAUGCACCUGGUGGGGACCAUCCAGGGCGAGUUCGACUUGAACCCGGACAAGGUCGAGCACCUGACUGAGCUGGUCACUCUCGUUGACGAGGCCACCAAAUCCAUGUUGGAAAUCCGACCCGCUGCCACAGCGUGAGGGGAGCCGGGUGUUUGAUUGAUUUAUGCGUCAUCGUUGAAUUUGAUUUUGCACAGAUAUGAAUAUAUUAACCUUUGGCAUGAUA